ACGACCGGUAGAGAGGAUGUUUUACAGCUCUAAUGAGCCGCAGGGAGCGCCGUUCCGUGCGGAAAAGGAGGCUAAUGCUAAAGAAAAAAUAAUUAGCAGGUUGUAAUCUGUUUACAGUCAGCGUUUACUGGUCUUAAAAAAGAUUAAAAGUUAAAAUGUGCAAUGGCUGUGUACAAAAAGAAUAUCCCGACCGGGGGAACACCUGUCUGGAGAAUGGCUCCUACCUGAUGAACUACCUGGGCUGUGCUAGCUGCCAUCAGAGGGACUUCGUGCUGAUCAGUAAUAAAGCCACAGAGGAUGAAGAUGGAGAGGAGAUUGUCACAUAUGACCAUGUUUGUAAAAAUUGUGACCAUGUCAUCGCUAGACAUGAGUAUACUUUCUCCGUUGUUGAUGAAUACCAGGAGUACACUAUGCUCUGCAUGCUGUGUGGAAAGGCAGAGGACUCCAUCAGUGUUUUACCAGAUGACCCCAGACAGUCCGCUCCUCUCUUCUAGACCAAACCUGCAGGCCAUCACUCACUUUUUAGAUUGACUAACACCACCAUAGACGUGCUGCUGGCUCCUUGCCUCAGGGUUCCAACCAAUUUUAUUAUCCAUUCAAAAUUUUAUGCAUAUUCUUCAAGUUCUUAGCUGUCUAUUAACUACUGUAUUCCUAUCGCAGUUGUGCAGGAAAUAUAACUUUUUAUGACAAAUACAAACAUUCUGUAUGUCAAUUAACUAAGAACUGUAAAUAAACAUUUUUUUUUUUACUACUAAGAGUUUUGUAACCUGCUGCAUGUUACUUCUCCUUGACUCAAAAUAUUUGAUGUUACAAAGUCAGAAUGUAGAAGAAAAAAUUCAGCUACAGAAAUGACAAAAUACAGCUUUUUUAAAAUCCAGAAAUAGUUAUGAUUUGUUAAAGUUUGUCUGGCAAAAAUGUUGAAAUGUCAGGAAUUUUUAAAAGUAAAGUCAUCCACUCACAAA